AUGGUCACUGUCAGCAAGAACCUGGUGAAGUCCAGUGCCGUGGACAACCUGGAGCAUGCCCGUGAACAGGCGCCCAACUUCGACAAGGUCACCUGGUACAAGGAGCCUCACUUGCGCAAGCUCUACUUCCUGUCCAUCUUCCUGCUCGUCGGCUCCGCCACCACUGGCUACGAUGGCAUGCUGCUCAACACCUCCCAGCAGAUGGACGCCUGGAAGGGCUUCUUCCCCGAGUACGAAAAUGACCAUAAAAUGGGCAUCCUCAUCAACAUGUACAACAUCGGUUCCAUCAUCUCCUACCUCUUCACCCCCUACAUCGCGGAUCGCCUCGGCCGUCGCCCGACUAUCAUGGCUGGCUGCGUCCUCAUGAUCGUCGGUUCCAUGCUCACGACCUUUGCCAACGGCUACAACAUGUACAUGGGCGGACGCUUCCUCCUCGGUUUCGGCAACUCCUUCUCCCAAAUGUGCUCGCCCAUGCUGCUCACCGAGAUCUGCCAUCCCCAGCACCGUGGUCCCCUCACCGCCGUCUACAACUGUCUCUGGAACCUAGGUUCCCUCGUCGUCUCCAUCGUCGGCUGGGGCACCGCCUCCAUCGGUGGCAACUGGUCGUGGAGGUCCAUCACCCUCAUCCAGGCCGUCCCCUCCGCCAUGCAGCUCGUCGGCAUCUGGUGGAUUCCCGAGUCGCCUCGCUACCUCGUCAACAAGGACAAGACGGAGCAGGCCCUGGCCGUCCUCGCCAAGCACCACGGCGGCGGCAAUGACCAGGACCCUCUCGUCCAGUUCCAGUACCGCGAGAUCAAGCAGACCAUCCAGGCCGACCGUGACAACAAGACCUCCACCAGCUACCUCGACUUCUUCCGCACCAAGGGCAACCGCUGGCGUCUGGCCAUCAUCAUCUCCCUCGGUAUUAUUUCCCAGUACUCCGGCAACGCUCUCUUCUCCAACUACAUGGACGUCGUGUACGAGGGUGCUGGUAUCAAGCAGCAAAACCAGAAGCUCGCCCUGUCCGCCGGCAAGACCAUUCUCGAUCUCUCCGUCUCCAUCGGCGCGGCCCUGUGCAUUGACAAGUUCGGUCGUCGCCCUCUCUUCCUCAUCUCCGCGACCGGCAUGGUCGCCUCCUUCACCAUCUGGACCAUCACCGGUGCCGUGUACGAGAACUCGGAGAUCGAGGGGCCUGAUGGCACCCCUGUGUUCACAAACGCUGGUGCCGGCUACGCACAGCUGCCUUUCAUCUGGCUGUUUGGUGUCUUCUACUCCAUUGGUUUCUCCGGUCUCCUCGUCGCCUAUGCCCUCGAGGUCCUGCCCUUCCAUCUCCGUGCCAAGGGCAUGAUGAUCAUGAACAUCACCGUCCAGGCCAUUCUCGCCAUCGGCAAGUGA